UUCUACCUUACCUGCUCUGUUCGAGAGUUUCGACAGUUUCGUGUUCUGCCUAGUACGAAACGAUUCGUUUGAACGGAUUACCCAAGUCGAAUGAUUCGAAGCUGCAACGGCUGCAACCGCGAUACAGACACAUACUACCACGCGCGUGUAUGCGCACACGUACUCGCGUAUGCGACACAAACACGCACACACGCACGAUGAUACGAGAUACGGAUACGACGAUAAUAAGCUGAUCAAAUACAGAUCCAUACGCGUGUCGGUGAACGUGAACUGCGUGUCGGUGAACGUGAACUGCGUGUCGGUGAACGUGAACUGUGUGACUGUGCGGCGGCGUACGACAAAGCGACUGCUGUUAACAGUAUAGAAGUAGAAGUAGAAAUUUGCGACUGUCGCGAGAUGAUGAUGAUGAUGAUGAACAUCAGGACAUCGCAUUAGACGUCACAGGGUUGGGCAUGAUUUCGUUUUCAGGCAGUGCCCACCACCCACUCGCUCGCUCGUUCUCACGACGAUACAGUGUCCGGCUUAAAAAAAAUGGCACACACAUUUAUUUAGUGUCAGUAAGGCUUAUGUCAUUUGUGUAACAUGGCGUCCAGCGAGAAUAGGAACUUUCAAAAAGUGUUGGAGUUCAAAAUUGAUAAAUGCUCCAGCUUCUCUUCGUCGUACGUGCCAGAAAAUAUCCUCGUAGACGAACCAUCGGAUCUGACGUCCCGCUGGUCCUCCGAUACCGAUACUUAUCCACAGUUUCUCAUAUUGAAAUUGCGAUGUCCAUCGAUCGUGAAAGCUAUUACGUUCGGUAAAUAUGAGAAAACGCAUGUCUGUAACAUAAAGAAGUUCAAGGUGUAUGGCGGUUUAGAAGCUGAGAACAUGAUGGAACUUUUGGAGAACGGAUUAAAAAACGAUUCGACACCGGAAACUUUCGAUUUGAAGCACGUAUUAAGGAACGAGGAAAAUUACUUUCCAGUUAGGUACAUAAAGAUAGUUCCGCUACAAUCCUGGGGCCCUAGUUUUAAUUUUUCCAUUUGGCACGUACGGUUGACAGGCACCGACGAUGCUAAAAUUGUAAAGCCUAGUAUCGAAUGGCUGAAUGCGUAUCGUCAAAAAGAAGUGAUCAGACUGUGUAUGAAACACUUUCGAAAACUGGAACAACCGGAGAUCGUGGAGACUCUGCAAAGAGUCACGGGUGUACCGCUCGAAGAUCCCAGAUUGUCCGGUCUGUACGAUCUGUUGGUCACGAGAGGCGAUCAUUCGCAAGCAGAGUACUUCAUAAGUAACGCGAUAACCAUGGGACUUUUGAACGACUAUAUUAACGCUCAGACUUACAGAGCAGUUUGGACAAAAUUAUCGUUUAACGACUCGAAACCAGGGAUGAGAGGCGGUCAUCAAAUGGUACUCGAUCCUAUCGCAGAGCUCCUUUAUCUUUUCGGUGGAUGGGACGGGAAUCAGGAUCUUUCGGAUUUAUGGGUGUACAACAUAGCUUCCAACAAAUGGUCUCUCAUAUGCAAAGAUGCAGAAGCGAUGGGCGGUCCAAGCGCGAGAUCUUGUCACAAAAUGUGCCUCGAUCCAGAACGCAGGCAGCUGUUUACUCUCGGCAAGUACUUGGACGCGGAAUACAGAACGGUGGAAAAUCUCAAGAGCGACUUCUUCGUAUACGACAUCGAGUCGAACAAGUGGACGCAAAUAUCGGAAGACACUGGCGCGGUAGGAGGACCGCAGCUUAUAUUCGAUCAUCAGAUGUCUAUGGACGUCGAAAAACGAACCAUAUACGUUUUCGGUGGUCGCGUUCUCGUCUCUCCGACCAAUUACGAAGAACACGGCAUCCUGUCGGGUUCGGCCGAGCCAAUUUUCUCCGGUCUCUACUCUUAUCACGUACCAACCGGGACGUGGAACAGACUCGCCUGCGACGUCGCGAGGCCCUGCCCUAUCGGUGCGCCGACCAUCAAAUCCAGAGCCGGUCACGCCAUGUUGUUUCAUCCAGGAUUGCGAAAGUUGUAUAUCUUCGCGGGUCAAAGAGGCAAAGAAGAUCUCAGCGAUUUCUUCACGUACGAGGUCGACACGAACCACAUCGAGCAUAUACUCUACGAAUUCGGCGCCAAGGAUACGAAUCACAUACCUGCGGCUGGUUUCACGCAGCGUGCUACGAUCGAUCCCGAUUUAGGCGAAAUAUACGUUUUGUCCGGUUUGAGCAAAGACAAAGGUAAAAGAUUCGACAGCGUUCAAAAUUCUUUCUGGGUGUACAACAUCAAGAACAACAAAUGGUCUUGCAUUUAUCGAAACGACAACGUCGGAGAGAAAUAUUGGAGUAAAAUGCAAGAUUACGAACCGUGUCCACGAUACGCGCAUCAACUGGUCUACGAUCCCGUACGAAAGGUUCACUUUUUAUUCGGUGGCAAUCCUGGGAGAUCCUGCCUUCCAAAUUUGAGGCUCGACGAUUUUUGGCAAUUGAAGCUCUGCAGACCGUCUAACGAGCAAAUUUUAAAGAGAUGCAAGCUACUCAUCAGGAAGCACAAGUUCAAGGAACUCGCUUUGAACAACAGCGUCGAGGCGCUAGAAUAUUUGCAAACCAAAGUCUCGGAAAUCAUCGAUCACACCGACGUAGAACAAACGAAAGAGUUCCAAUUGUUGACGUCGCUUCUGUUCAGAGAACAUAAUUCAUUGGGUGAAGCCAAGAAUCCGAUCAGCAGCUCGGACGUAUUAGGGAAUUUAGUUAACAUGGACACGUCGUCGUCGUCAUCGUCAUCGUCGUCGUCGUCCUCCUCGUCCUCGUCCUCGUCAUCGUCGUCGUCGACGACGUCAUCCUCGUCCUCGUCUUCGUCGUCUUCGUCUUCUUCUUAUUCGUCGUCCUUAUACUGUUCCAUUACGCGCGACGUUCAUACGCUGAGAACUGAGCUGUACGAUAGACUGACAGAAUUCUUCUCCGAGUCGUCGACGCAACCUCGAGCUAACUUGAUCGACCUUUUGCCGUUGUGAUCCAGCGGCAACGAUCGAACGGCGAUCGCAUUUACGUAUUGAUCCUUGUCGACGCGAGCGAUCACUCGAUGGAAGUAUAGCGAGAGAGAGAGAGAGAGAGAGAGAGAGAGAUCUUUUCCUUGUGCUUUCGCGCAUCAAGUAGUGUCGUUUUCCCCGAUAAACGUUCGCUAUUGUAUCGAGUCGAUUUUAUCUUUAAAAUGCAACGA